AUACUUUUUCUAUGAUCUUUAAAAAUGUCUUAUAAAUAUAUCAAAGCAUGCGAUCGCUCUACAAAAACGAACUCUGCAACUACUGCCAAAAACUUCAAGCGGGUGACUCCAAAGAGAGUGGUUUUGUCAAGGAAACUCGGUGAUGGUUCAGAGAAGAGCUGUUCUACUGGCAUCAUAAUGACAGGCUGGAAUACCAGCUCUAAGCCAAGAAAAACUACCAAGUCUGAUGUGAGUAUGUCGACAAAAUUCACUGGAAGACAUUCUUUGGAUUAUUGUAAGAAGUGCGGAGACGCUGUCUCGACCAACGGCAGUAAUGGACAUUCCACUCGCCAUAUGAAUUCAGUGAACAGCUUUAAAGAAGCCCAAGAAACCUCUUCGAAAUCCCAAGAUAACGGCAGCAGGAAGAGCAGGACAAAAACCAGAGAAAAUGGUAAAGCUAGCUCAGUAAAACAGUAUUACAAGAAUGAAAACUUCCAAUCGACUGAAUCUCUGCACGAGACUGAGAAUGAUUUUAAGAAAAUGUCUUUGGACACGAUCAAAGAGGUUCCCGAGACUGAUAAGUUUAGAUCAAUCGAUGAUAACGUUUUUGAGAUAUAUUCAGAUUCAGAAGAAAUGGGGUUUUUGGAUACAAACGACGCUGAAAAUAUUGCUACACUGAAGAAUUUUAGAGAAGACAAUUAUUUCGAGUGCCAUUCAGCGAAAUCGAGAAUAAACAGCAAAGGAAGUGCGACCAGCCUUCGAGAUCACAAAUGCGUGUAUCGUUUUUACCUAAACGAUCGGCUCUUCCCUGUCCCUCUUAGUUCUGAUCACCAUAACAACGUGAGGUGUGUAGAAUGCCAUCUCCCCAUGAAUUUGAAAGAAGAAUUGGAUGGUUCUGGUAAAGCCAAUGGGACAAUACAAGCCAAGGUAAAGAUUAACUCAGAAAAUGAAGUCCAAGAUAUGAUUUUGUUUCUGCCUGUGAAGGAUUCCCUCAUCAUCAAAGAGAGAAGGAAACAAAUAAAGAACGAGGAAGAAGUAAUGUACUUCGGCGUUAUAAAACUGGAUACUUAUGGACAUUCUGUAUUUAAAUCGACUUUGCCUACUGAUUCUUUAGCUUUGAAGUACCAGAAGGGGUACAAAGAGUAUGAUGUCAAUAAAUCUUAUAAAUAUAAAGGAAUAGAGCAAGACGACGUCAUUGUGAUAUAAUUUUGAUUAUGAA